AAAAGGGUCGACGGGGUUACGGUGCGACUGCAUUACUAUAAAACGAGUCGUUGUUAUACCGUCGCCCGUUAAAUCGAUCUUCCCUCUCAAAUGUGCCGCACGGAAUCACUCCGAAACGGAGCGAUCGAUUGCUCAAUCACCAUCGGCUCUUCCGUGUGUCAAUUAAUUAAAAUUAAAAUUUAAAAAAUUAAAAUUUGAAAAAUCGAAAUUUGCAAAAUUAAUUCAACUUUUUCCCCUCAUUGUAAACUGCGCGAAUAUUUUUAUCGUCGAUAUUUCAUCUCGUGUCACUUUCACUCAAAUGUAAUUAGGGAUUUUCCCGCUGCGAUCAGAGGAGUUCAGUGCAUUUGUGAUAAUCCGAUAUUGGCCAGUGAUAUUUUCGUUACGUCUUAAAACCGGUGUGUGCAGAUCACUUGGAAACGAAAAAUCGGUGGAACGGGCGCACUGCGUUUAAGAAGCAUUUUGAACUACGGGAAGUGAUCGGUCAUGAAGACAUCGGCGCAACUGCAGCAGUACAAGAAAUGCAUCAUUCUAUUCAUGGUUGGUGUGAUCAGCAGUGCUCUUGCCUACGCACUUUAUGCCGUUGAUCCCGCAAAAUUGAUAUUUGAAUAUAAAUUGACCAUGACCCCUACGUCAACCGUCUAUCUCAUGUGGAAGAAGCCACCGAUUAAAGUUUACAUCAAAGUUUAUGUAUUCAAUAUAACGAAUCCGGAGGCCUUUCUCGGGGGAGAGGAGAAACUGAGAGUCCAGGAAGUUGGACCCUAUGUUUAUCAGGAAGUUUUGGAACACACGAAAGUCAUAUGGCACGACAAUGGAACGAUUUCUUAUACGCCCAAGCGCACGGUCUUCUUCGUCCCCGAAAAGUCCCCGGGAAAUCCUGUGGAUGAUAUCGUUACUGUUCCCAAUGUUCCGAUGUUGGGUGUCUCAUCAGCGGUCUACGAUCAAGGAUUCAUCGUAAACUAUCCUCUGGCACAGCUUGCACACGCACUGAACAGCAAACCAAUUCUAAACAUGUCUGUCUACGAGUACCUAUGGGGAUACGAGGAUUCCUUAGUGCGUUUGGCAUCUGGAAUUGUCCCCAAUUUCAUCAACUUUCGUAAAUUCGGAUUGCUCGAUAGGAUGUACGACGAAGGCGAGAAUGUCGUCAACAUGAACAUUCGGAAAAGCGAGAACAUGAUGGAGGAGGAGGGCCGAUACCUCAGCAUUGAGACGUACAAUGGCAGUCCUGGUCUCGCUCACUGGGGGUACACAGAGCCCGAAGCCAACGAGACGGUACCCGGUAAUACCGUCUGCAAUCAGAUUCAAGGAGCAACGGAGGGCACUCUAUUCCCAACGAAUAUCGAGAAAGACGUUGUGUUCAGGGUCUUCAGGAAGGCUUUCUGCCGCGUCCUGCCGAUUGUAUUCAAGAACGAGACGUACGAGGAGGGAUUGCGCGUUUUCGAGUACAAAUUCGCUGAUGAUUUUCUGGAUCCACCCGAGAUGAACUCGGACAAUGAGUGCUAUUGCAGGAAAAUGCAGACGUGUUUGAAGAGGGGACUCUCGGAUCUGACUCCGUGCUAUUACAAUAUCCCCGCAGCCGUCUCACUGCCCCACUUCUUGGACGCUGAUCCAAGCCUACUCGAUGGGGUCGUGGGGCUCAAACCAGAGCCCGAGAAGCACCGCACCAGAAUUUUCAUCCAACCGGACGUAGGAGCCCCGAUCCACGUCAACUCCAGGAUUCAGACGAAUCUAGUGAUGCAACACACUGUAUAUAAUCCAAGAAUCAAAGCUUUUAAUGGUCUCGUCGUCCCACUUUUUUGGUCAGAUCUGGAGAUAUCGAAAGAAGGGAACGACCUCAUCCCAAUAAUGCAUCUCCUGCUGGUGGUAGCACCAAUCGCUCAAACAACUCUGACGUACAUUCUCGCUAUCGCCGGGAUAACGACAUUCAUAUUAUCACUAGUUGGCACCCUGUGGAUGUUGAAUCAAACGGAGGAGUAUCAUGACGAGAUGAGAGACAGUGUAGAUCUCCGGAUGCCCCUUGGGAUGGGUCAAUACACUGCGAUUCACAUUCUCCCGGCGAUUAAAAAAAUAACAUCCAAAACGGAUCUUUUUGGAUAAUAAUUGGAGAAACUUUGUGAUUUUUUUUGCAUUAGAAACGAGUGUACGUAACGAGGUGCUGCCAGACACAGAAGUACUUACGCAUGAACAAAAUUUAAUGGGAAAACCCAGUGCUGAAUAAUUCUCUUGGAUUUUUUUUUCGAAGUUCAAAAAAAAAUUUGCUAAAAAUAUCUUAGAAAACAAUAAUAUAUUUUUGCCUUUCUGUACAACUUAUUCUAUUGAAAUAUUUUGUGCUGGAUAUUUCUUAACUCCAACGGAUGGAAAAGAUAGAAAAGGUUUGCAAAAAAAUAUUUUCUGGAGGAAAUCCUCAACAUUUUUUUUUCCACUGUAAUUUUGCAUUCUCUUGAUAAUUUAUAUUGAAAAAUUGAAUGGAAAGGGAAGAUGUUUUAUAGAAGAAUUCAGUGGGUUUCAAUCGUUCUGUACAAUUUAUUCUAUUUUAUUCUAUUUUCUAGGGAAGUUUCUCAACAUGAAUAUUUCAAGUUUUUUCCGCUAUAAUUCUUCUCUCUUAUCACGAAAUUCAAGUAAAAGAAGUGGGAAAAUUUGAGCCGAAGCAUUUUCUUGAAAAGAAUUUGUUGUUUCUCGACAUAAAAAAUUGAAUAGAGAAAUGAAAAAAAAAAUAUUUUUCUUCACAAUAUUUUCGGUUGAAGAUUCAAAUUGAAAAUCCAAUAGAAUUGCCUGGAAAAUGCGCUGGGGUUUUCACUGCAUUUGUUCGCACAUCUCCCGUGACACCUGUCCAUAGUUAACUUAUGAUCAACUGCGGAUUAUCGACAAUGUCAAAUGUAAUUGUUCAAUAACAGUAGAAGUGAGUAAUCAACGUUCAUGGAACAGAUCAAAGUAUAAGACUGAUUGGGACAAAAAUGUCUGUUAAUAGAUAAAAUGUCAGAUUAGAAAUGACCUAAUUCAUUUUAAGUGAGGAAUGAGUAGUGGCAAUGAGACGUGCCAUUGUCGAUUCCAUAAUUUUAACUCUGUUUGACACAUCAAUUAUUUAAUUCGAAUUAUUAUCUUGAAAUUAGUCAAGUAUUAUAAUUAUUACUGCUCAAAUAUUGUAAUUAGGGGAUCUCGUUGAAUGUCAAAUCUCAGUUUUGAGGGAUUUAAAGAUUAAGUUGUUCGUAAUAAAAUUGUUUUCAUAAUUUC